UGCUCCUUCUUGGAUCUGCCAGAGUUUGAGAUAGGAGAAGAAGAAUGGAGAACAAUAAGCCAGUGAAGGAGGUUCUCCCCCUGCCUCGCCACCCCACCCCACUUCCUGUGACCUCCACCUCUCCAACCCCUGCUGCCUCCUCGAAAAAACACACUACAGGGUCCAUCCAGCAGGUUCAACUGGCCUCCUCAGUGGUGACAUCCUUCAAUCACCUGAGGCCUCCAGAGAGAGACCUCACGCCGAUGUCUCGGAUGAAGCCUAUUAAAUCGCUGAGGCAUGCCGGCUUAACUGCAGUCUUCACCGGGCAAACUGGGCUUGACAGUGAGGAGGUGCAGGAGGAGGUACCAAGUGUCAACAUGAUCUUGGCUGACAUUGACUCCCUGGUGCCAACCCAUGAUGAAACUGGACGCCCCAUACCCGAAUGGAAACGGCAGGUGAUGGUUCGGCAGCUCCAGGUCAGGAUGCAAGAUGAUGAGGUAGCGGAGGCACAGAAUAUGUUGACUGGCUACAUGUCACUGGAUUCCUGGAAAUACUCCCAGACUCACAACGCCAUCUUAGGGCCCUUUGGUGAACUGCUAAAAGAGGAAGAUCUGGUUUACUUGCAGCAGCAAAUUGAGUCUGUUUCUCUGCAGAAAUGUUGCCAGGCUUAUGAAUUAGAGUUGACCAGGCUAACCGAGGAGUUAAAGGCAAUCUUACCUGAUCCUAUCGUCAAUAUUUCCCUCAACAAGAAUAUUCUACAAAGAAUGGACUCUGGGGGAAAAAUGCCCUUGACUCUACCCAUCUGGUGUGAUCGUGUCUCAGAGAUUGUCAAGAACAUGUCUCUGCUGGUGGCCAAUCUGACUAAAACUCAGAGAAAGGAAAGUGAGUGGGCGUCGGUGGGAGGAAUGGUUGAAGGGAUGAAGAGUUUGCAGGAAAAUAUAACUGCCUCUGAAAUUGAUCUGGACUCGAGAUUGAUGCAAAAUAGCCAAGACAAGGAGUCUGCACCUGCGGGGACAUCCAGUGGAUGUAGGAUACCCCAUAUUGGGAUGGCAUCUGCUUUCAGCCAUCGCUUGGAGAGCAGCAGCUGCAAUAGAGAAAAGAGAGAGAAGGUGGAGAAGGAGAUCCAGCAGUCUGGUGUGUCAGUAAAAAACCUUAGGUCCACCUUUGAGGGUCAGAUUGGAAGCAUUUACCCCUUUGCUGGGGUUGUACAUGGAGCACAGCGGCUGAAGGGGAAGAAUUGGGUUGGACCAUCAGCAGGAAGCAGUGAUGAUGUAAACACACACCUUAGUUGUGAUGCCAUUAAAACUUGUGGAGCUGUGAUGGAGACCACCAGCUUAAGGAAAGAGCGGAUAGUUGUGUUAUUCCUGAGUCACUGGAAAAAGUCUGCAUAUGCCAUUUCAAUGAAAGCAGCAAGACAGAGACAAGAAAAACUUGCAGCAUCAGGGAAAGUGGCUACAGCUCAGCUGAAACAGAACCCCCACUCUCUGUUCCGGUUCUGCCAACAACGAGGUGCUGUGGACAAAAUUGUAAACUCCUGGAGGAAUAAGCUGGAGAUAAAAUAUUCUCCAAAAUCCCAUUUGGUCUCCUCACAAAAUUCAUGUAACUCCAAUGUUACCUACUCCCCAGAGCAGUUCCUGCCAGAUACGGAUGGAGUUGCAAUGAGUCACGACAGCUUGACCCUCGACCUCUUCAUGCUGGGUUAUUUCCACAUCUUAGAACAAGACCUGUCUGCUGAGGAGAGGAAGAUGAGACAUCUCCUCUGCUUUGAGGUUUUUGACCAUGCCAGCUUUUUCCCCUGGGAGAAGGUGCGGGAUUUCCACAAGGCUGUUCUCCAGGAAAUUCAGUCUGGGAGGCGGCAGUGGAGCGACGGCUUUGAAGACCUCAAAACUCAAUUCUUUGGUGAAUCGACAACGUGUCGCUGCCCAUCGUCAUUGGUGCCAGACUUUAAACCUGCACCCAAGGUUAUAGUCCAAAAUGCAACUCCAGAUGAGAGCGGCAGUGACACAGACUUUUCCUGUUUCAAUAAUGAAGAUAUAUGUAACUAUAUCGAUCGCAGUUUUGCUUUCUGGAAAGAGAAAGAGGCAGAACUGUUUGACUUUGAACACUGA